AUGACAACUCAGCUGGUAUGGACCAACUGUUGUAACAUUUUUUUGUAAAAUUAUUUGUUUUGUUUCAAGACCAUAUUUUUCCGUUCCGAUUUUGGUACUAAUCAUCUAGAAUAAUGGUUAAGUUGUAUUUUGUUGCAGUAAUUUAUAAGCACGAUAGAGGUUCAACUAUUCUUAAAUCAUGUGCAGAUUUAACUUCAUUUGGAUAUUUUCAGAAGAAAAGCGUUGGUGAAUUCAUGAAGUUUACCUCUAAAAUGAUUGUGGAAAGAUCCGAAAGAGCUUCUCGGUCAUCUAUAAAAGAGCAAGAAUACUUGUGCCAUGCAUAUGUGAGAGCUGACAAUUUAGCUUCUGUUAUCAUAUCUGACCAAGAUUACCCCAAUAGAGUCGCUCAUACUUUGUUGAGUAAAAUUCUCGAAGAUUUUUCUGUUGCUAUUCCAAGUCAACGAUGGGCCAGUGCUGCGGAAGAUUCCGUCACUUUUAAUGCUCUAGACAUCUAUCUCGUGAAAUACCAGAAUCCUCAGGAAGCUGAUGCUAUGACAAAACUUCAAAGAGAUCUUGACGAAACCAAAAUUAUUCUUCACGAAACUAUCUCAUCGCUUCUUCAAAGAGGAGAGAAAUUGGAUGAUCUUGUGGCUAAAUCAGACGAUUUGAGCGCCCAAUCAAAAGUAUUCUUCAAAACUGCCCGAAAGACCAAUCAAUGUUGUCAAUAUUACCCAUAAAUUAAGUUUCCUCGCUUGUUGCUAGAUUUACCAUUAAGAAAGAUUUCCCACUUCUCGUUCUUCAUCUACUGCUCUUUUUAUCUUUCUGUGUGAACCUAUCAAAACCAAUUUACUCAAAUCUUUUUCUAUUUAAACAUAAAAUCAUACUAUCUGUUCAGAGAUAUCUAAGAAAAGCGUAUUUUAGCAUACAUUAUGGUUAAUCCUGUUGAAAUAAUCAUUCUUCUCGUCUUAAUUGUGUACAAAAGAGAAGAACGGAAAGAUGAAUCGACCAAUAUUUCAGCUUAUCCUAAGGCUAGUGGUUUAAGUGUACCAGUAUUUGCCUUAUUUUAGGUCGAUAUCAUCUGAAUUAGUUAUUCACCUUUAUUAAUUCCCUCUUUUACGAAUUUUCCCUUGUUACCAUUCCUGUAUGCUCAAUAUGUGAUUUUUCAUUACAAUGAUUUGGAAUAGUAACCAAAAAUCAAAUUAUACAUCAUGAGCAUUGAGACUUGGAGACAUUCAAGUCUGAUUUUAAUCACUUUAAAUAUAACCAACUGUGAUUUACUGAUUCA